UGACAAAGAAAAGUCUUUAUCAUUUUUCCAUCAAUAAAAAUUCAUUAAUUCGCGAAAAUGACCGAAAAUUAAGAAUAAUUUUUGCCCUUGUUUUGUGGAAAUGCCUUACCGACAUGGCCACCAUUGUAGUCCAUGCGCCACCGCUACGAAGCCACCAUAAGGGGAGCAAUCUCCCCCCGCUUUGUAUCCCUCAGUGUUUAUGGCACAUGUGAUCGAACAGAACCCAAACUCGCGCGACGCCAAGUUAGUAAAUAUUAGUGAAUAAUAUAUUGUUUUUCAUAGUUAAUACUCUAUCUAUGUGCUGUGACUGUGUGAAUAAUUGAUCGACAAUGUCCAUCGAGAUUGAAUCCGCGGAUGUCAUUCGACUGAUCCAACAGUAUUUGAAGGAGUCGAAUCUUGUUAAAACGUUGCAAACACUUCAGGAAGAAACAGGCGUAUCUUUGAAUACAGUAGACAGUGUCGAUGGUUUUGUGGCGGAUAUAAACAAUGGCCACUGGGAUACGGUCCUGAAAGCCAUUCAAUCACUCAAACUACCGGACAAAAAGCUCAUAGACCUGUAUGAGCAGGUUGUUCUGGAGUUAAUUGAAUUGAGGGAAUUGGGAGCUGCACGUUCGUUACUCAGACAAACGGAUCCGAUGAUUAUGAUGAAGCAACAGGAGCCGGAACGAUAUAUUCAUCUAGAAAAUCUUCUUGCCCGAUCGUACUUCGAUCCCCGAGAAGCCUACCCAGACGGUAGUACAAAAGAAAAACGUCGUGCAUACAUAGCAAGCGCCCUGUCUGGUGAAGUAUCAGUUGUCCCCUCCAGUCGCCUCCUCGCCCUUCUCGGGCAAGCCCUCAAGUGGCAGCAGCACCAGGGUCUCCUUCCUCCAGGCACAACAAUCGAUUUAUUCCGAGGAAAAGCCGCUGUCCGAGACCAAGAGGAUGAGAAAUACCCAACGCAAUUGUCAAAGCAAAUAAAAUUCGGGCAAAAAUCGCACGUCGAGUGCGCCAGAUUUUCACCAGACGGUCAAUAUCUCGUGACCGGCUCAGUUGACGGUUUCAUCGAGGUCUGGAAUUUUACAACAGGAAAAAUUCGAAAGGAUCUAAAGUAUCAGGCACAGGACAAUUUCAUGAUGAUGGAGCAAGCGGUAUUGUCCAUGUCCUUCAGCAGAGACAGCGAAAUGCUGGCGUCUGGCUCUCAGGACGGUAAAAUAAAAGUCUGGAGGGUCCAGAGUGGUCAGUGCCUCAGGAGAUUCGAGAAAGCUCAUGCAAAAGGUGUCACCUGCAUACAAUUUAGCAGAGACAAUGGACAAGUUCUCACUGCCUCAUUCGAUGCGACAAUCAGAAUUCACGGAUUAAAAUCAGGGAAAACACUCAAGGAAUUUCGUGGCCACUCGUCAUUCGUCAAUGAAGUUGUCUUUGCACCUGAUGGCCAUCACGUUAUUUCAGCCUCAUCUGAUGGUACCGUGAAAUUGUGGAGUUUGAAAAGCACCGAAUGCAUUGGUACAUACAAAUCACUGGGGGCUUCAGAUCUAACUGUCAACAGUAUUCACCUAUUACCGAGAAAUCCAGAGCAUUUUGUCGUAUGCAAUCGCUCCAACACUGUUGUUAUCAUGAAUAUGCAAGGCCAGAUUGUCAGGUCAUUCUCGAGUGGUAAGAGAGAGGGUGGUGAUUUUGUCAGUGCUGUUGUGUCACCCAGGGGUGAAUUUAUUUACUGUGUCGGUGAGGAUCUUGUACUGUACUGCUUUUCAACGUCAUCAGGAAAACUCGAGAGAACUUUAAACAUUCAUGAGAAGGAUGUCAUUGGCCUUGCUCAUCAUCCACAUCAGAAUUUAUUGUGCUCGUACAGCGAGGAUGGUCUCGUUAAACUGUGGAAACCAUAAGUUGGUGUGAGUUUUUAGUGUUGCUGAUAGAGAGGUGAUUUAUUUAUGGACAAGAUGAACAUUUAAGUGAGUAGGAGAAAAUGCAUUUAAAUUCGCGGGUUCAUGAGUGACAAGGUAAGGUGAUUUGACUUUUAAAAAAUUGAAACCGCCAUUGUGGAAUGUUUUUUAAUGUUCUUAAUAAUUCGGCUGAUGCGAUUUAUAGUCGAAAAAACUGAAUAUUUACUAUAUACAACAGUCUUCGAUUACAGUGAAUUUUUCACUGCAUUUUUUUGUUGUUUACGGAUAUGUAUUCUGCCAAAUUAAAAAAAUUCUGAUUAGAAUUUUCAA